AUUGUCUGAUGUAUUGAUCGAAUCUCCCUAAUGUCGAAUGCACCCAUUUUCCAGGGGUACAGGGUAGUCACUGUGUUUUUCCUCCAUAAUAUACAUGUACCUAAUUAUCCACCCACGGAUGCUCAGAUACGCUUCGCACGGAGUACACUCAUGGCUGCAAUGUUUAAUGAAAAGGAUACUGAAAACGAUGUAAGUAGGUGAUUAGGGGAGUCUGAGGAUCUGUGAACUCUGAAUAUAUACGGGUGUCCGAGGAAUCAAGAUGAAAAUGGAGCUAGACAUUUGGCUUGUCCUCGUCUUGUUGGCUAUAAUUUCCGACACCGGGAACUCUGCAAACAUAGCUUUCUACGGUGGGCCAGGCGUUGGUAGCCACUUUAGUACAAUUGCUGCUCUUGGCGAGGAGUUGGUAGGGCGUGGCCACAACGUGACCGCCAUCAUCAGCGGUGAAGUAACAUCUGUAAAAAACGAUGUGAGAUAUGCAAAGCUCUUUCAUUUUACAAGCACGAACCGCACAGCUUCAGAGGGCAAACUUAAGGAUAGGAUAGACUUCGUCGCACGUGCGGCAGUUUCCGGAGAUUUCCUCGGAGAAUUCGCGAAGAAUAAGGAGGCGAUGCGGGAAUACUGGUUGUACGACUGUGACGACAUGAUCAAGGAUGACGAUUUCAUCAACAGUCUGAUGGAGGCCAAUUUAGAUAUGUUCAUAAUUGACCCCGGUUUUGGUUGUCCCAACCUCCUACCAGAAAUACUGAAGAAGCCCUUUACCUUCUUCUUUCCAACUCAUCUUGAAGAACACCUGGCUAAGGCAUUGGGUUCUCCUGUUAACGUCGCCAUACGACCUUCCUAUUCAAGUGGUUUCCCGCUGCGGAUGACGUUUUGGCAGCGUCUUCAUAAUUUCCUUCGCGUAGAGGUUUUUCCAUCCUUCAUCACUAUGAGAAUGAAAAGCACACAAGAGUACCGCUCUUUGCGGAAUAUAUCUCCACAUUCGUCACCUACUGAAUUAUUCAGCCGAGCGGAAUUGUUUCUCGUCAACAUGGAUUUCGCAGUAGAAUUUCCUUUCCCCAUCUCGCCAAAUGUGAUUCCUGUUGGUGGCAUCACAACAAAACCAGCCAAGCUGCUGGAACAGAACCUGGAAGAGUUCGUCCAAAGCUCUGGUGAAGAUGGCGUCAUCAUCUUUACCAUGGGUUCGUACGCAACGUACAUGAAGGAGGAGCUCAUCCGGGAAUUCAUGACGGCCUUUUCUCGACUACCUCAGAAAAUUGUCUGGAAAGUUACCCUUAACUUUCCUAAAAACAUCGACCAUUCCAAGUUUAAAGCAAUGUCAUGGCUGCCACAGAAUGACUUACUUGCGCACAACAAGACAAAGCUGAUCAUCUUCCAAGGAGGGAAUAACGGUUUCUACGAAGUCGUUUACCAUGGUGUGCCGUGCGUGGUCAUUCCUUUGCUCGAAGACCAGUACGACGUCGCAUCAAGGAUAAUCCAUCACGGAAUGGGAGUCAAGCUCGACUACCACACCCUGAAUGCUGACAAGAUUGAAGAGGCCGUGAGAACAGUGUUAGGAAAUAAAAGUUACAAAGAGAAUACUGCAAGGAUUUCCUCGAUGUACGGGCAUCGCACCAUGAGACCAGUUGAAAAAGCAGCUUUCUGGGUAGAACACGUGAUCCAACAUGGCGGCACCCAUCUCAAGUCUGUUGCAGGAGAAUUGACUUGGUAUCAGUAUCAUCUAGUGGACAUUGUUGGGUUUCUUGCGUUAUGUGUAGCUGUAGUAUUCAUUAUUUUAUUCUUCGUUUUAAGAAUAGCGGUGAGACUAAUAUGUACUAUAUGGUGGAAAUAUCGACAUUGUAAAGCGAAGAAAACUGAAUAGCACGAUUACUAAUGCUUUUUAUGACAUCUUUAUGAAGUGUUUGCAAUUCCCAUCAAACAACAAUAUGCUAGUAAUAUGUUAUAAUGUCCCUCAUCUCUUUCAAUUUAUCCUUUCAUUCAGACUCCCAAAAAUAUGUUUGCCGGAUGAUUAGAAAAAUUAAUUCUACAAACAAAUUGAAAAACGGAAAAAGAUAAUUGUACUAGAAUAGAGGAUUUGAUUAAUUUCUGUAGAUAGUGUUGUGCAAUAAAUGUUCUAAAUAGUAACUAGUUCACAUGUAUACAAAGACUAUUCGAUGAUGUGAUAAAGACAAUACUAUUAUCGUACUAAGUAUGCUUUCCCCUGAUAACUAAAUCUUGUCUCUUUAUAUUAUCAACUUGUAGAUAAUAGUUCCUCGAACAUCAGUCAUCUUGCUAUGCUUGUUGUAAUGUAAUGU